AUGGCACAGCAUAAUUUUGAGACAAAAUUCGAAGAGGCUUUGUUCAAGAAAUAUUCUCAAUGUGCAAAAUAUCUCAUUCCUAAAGAGGUGUACUACAAGACCAUUGAUGAUCUGAAAACAGCAGCUGAAGCUUCCACUACCAAGUCACAUCACCAGUACUACAUCCUAAAAUAUGUCACCUCACAAAGUUUUGUUAUCCUGAGGCCCCUGUCUUCCAAGAGAGCUGCUGAAGUUGCCUUUCAACUGUUGGAUAUAUUCCUCCUCUUUGGUGCACCAGCUAUUCUUCAGAGUGACAAUGGCUCAGAAUUCACAGCCCAAGUCAUCACAGAGCUCAAAGAGUUGUGGCCGCAGCUCAUCAUGGUUCAUGGCAAGCCCAGACAUCCCCAAAGCCAGGGUUCUGUUGAAAGCCAUGCCAUGGUUUACAAAGCCAUGUUUGGAGAGGACCCUAAAGUUGGAUUGACAUCUUCUAGCCUCCUACCUGAAAUUCUGGAAAGGCUUCAAUCUGAAGAUGACCUUUUAGCACUUUAUCAGGCACCCAUCCUCUGA